AUGUCCAACACCGUCAUUCUCGGCACCGGUAUAAUCGGUCUCUCAACCGCAUACUAUCUCUCUCUCUCCCAGGACCCCUCCACGAUUCAACUGGUAGACCCGUCUCCCACACUUUUCUCAUCCGCUUCAGGCUACGCAGCUGGCUUUCUUUCUCGCGAUUGGUUUUGUGAUGAAUCAUCUGACUUGGGGCUCUUGAGUUUCGAGGAACAUAAAAUACUUGCCGAGAAGAAUGCUGGUGCUGAGAAAUGGGGAUAUAGUGUGAGUAGAAGUUUAAAUUUUGUGAGUCAUAUUGCUGCAGAAAAGGCGAGAAAGAGCGGGAAGAAGGGAGUCAGAGGAGACGAUUGGUUGAGAGUGGGCGGGAGCAGGGCUGAGACUGCUAGUGGUAAUGAUGGGGUAGGUGUGAAGGAAGCGGCAAGUACUGCUGGAGAGUGGCCUAAGUGGUUCAAAAAGAAUGAGGGUGAUGAAAUGGAACCUAUUAGUAAAGAGGGAAGUACAGCUCAAGUAAUCACACUAACAUAUCAAGUGGACCCGCUCAAGUUGUGUCAGUUCCUUCUUGCAAGCUGUCUUGAGCGCGGCGUGCAACUUCAUCACCCUGCGAAGGCAUUGUCCGUUGACCAAGAUAUGAGAUCCGAAAUAUCUAGUAUACGUAUCUUGAACACCUCUACCAAUAUUGAAUCAGAUAUUCCGUGUACGAAAAUUCUGAUAGCAGCAGGAUGUUGGUCACCUGAGGUAUUUUCUACCUUGUUCCCAGAAUCAACGUUGAAAUUACCUAUCACUAGUUUGGCUGGUCAUUCUUUGGUUGUGAGAACACCAAAUUGGAACGAAGAACUGGAAGAUAAAGAAUGUCAAGCUGUGUUUGCUAGUGAUGAGGAGGGUUAUUGUCCUGAAGUAUUUUCGAGGAAGGGUGGUGAAAUCUAUGUCGCGGGUCUAAAUUCCUCGACUGAACCAUUACCAAAACUUGCAACGGAGUCUAAGUUUCAAGAGGACGCUAUACAGAGAUUAGAGAACACGGCGAGAAGAAUGUUUGGUUUUGACGAAAGCUCUGAAAUGGAAGUCGUUAAAAAGGGUUUGUGCUUUCGACCGGUUACGAAAAGGGGAACGCCGAUUUUGGCAAAGGUGGCUGAUGAUAAUCUGGGUGGAAUGAGUACCAGGAAUGAUAGAGAUGGAGGAAUCUGGCUUGCUGCAGGGCAUGGACCUUGGGGUAUUAGCAUGAGCUUGGGUACUGGGAAAGUAAUGGCGGAGAUGAUACAAGGAAAGCCUACGAGCGCUGAUGUCUCGAAAUUGGGCUUUUAG